AAUAACAUAAAUGUUAAACUUUAUUUAAAUCUCGUCAAGUUCAUAUGUUACCAUCAUCAUAUCGUAUUAUCAUGGAGUUAAUUAUUUAAAAUAUUGUUGCAUCUCGAAUUUCAUUCAUUUAUUAUUCUUCAUCAAUUAAUUACAUUUAUUUUGUUUUUCGUGAAUAAUUCUUUUGAUUCGGUUUAAAUUAUAAAUAACAAAAAUGUUAUGGAUAUAUAUAUUUGGUUUGUUACUCGGCUUACAUGCAGUGUCUUCGUACAAAGAUUGCCGUGAUUUAGAUUUUGAAGAUACAAACACCGCAACGGAAUACAAUUCGGUUGGUGAAUUUAUCCGAACUUCAGAUGGAAAAGCAUGUAAACUACGAUUCGGUAGCCAGACAGUGUUAACAACAGGUUUACUAAGCACAGAUCCACGAGCAUACUACAUUCGAAAAAUCGACUUACAAAACAAUCAAAUUACGGAAGUACAAAGUGAUCCAUUUAUUAAAAGUGGUGUUUGUUUAGUUGUAUUAGACUUAAGUCACAAUGUUAUUUCUAUUAUUAGAGAUGGCGCAUUUACUGCAUUAAAGUACUUACAAAAAUUAGAUUUAAGUAAUAAUCGCUUAUCUGAAUUAAAUAAUAAUGCUUUUGCAUCAACCAAUCAAAUUGAUGUUAUUAAUUUAGAAAGUAACGAACUUAAAACAUUUGAAAAUGUAACGAACUUACAAAAUAUUACUGUUUUAAAAUUGGCAAAUAAUCGACUAGAAUUACAUCCUGGUAUGUUUAAGAAUUUUUCAAAAUUAUUAGACUUAGAUUUAUCCGGGAAUAAUAUUUCAUACAUUCCACUUGGUUUAUUUGAUGGAAUUCCAAAACUAGAAUACUUAAAUUUAGGUAAUAAUAAAUUAGAUUCUUUUGCAACAGGAUCAUUUUCAGGAAUACCAAAUUUAAAAUUCUUAAAUUUAUCCUCCAAUUUCUUACCAUCUAUUGAAUUAACAAAUGAGAAAGUAUUUUUACCAAUUUCGAAUAUCCAUACGUUUAUAUUAGAUGGUAAUAUCAAAUUAACCGAUUUAAAUGCAACGCUCUUAAAUAAUAUUUUUCGAAAAUUAUUAUAUCUCGGAGUUGGAAAAAUUCCAUGGACCUGUGAAGGUUUAUUAAAAUUCUUAAAAGAUUGUCAAAAUCAUUAUAUUGAUAUUACAAAACAUACGGAACGUAUUUUAACCGGAAACAAUAUUCAUGGAGUUUCAUGUACUGAAGACGAUAAGAAUUUAACUCAAAGUUCAGUACAAACCAUUGUACCGACGUCUCAGUCUCUUCCUACUGUAACUAAUCCUCCAUCUAAGGAAUAUUUAACGGAUCAUAAUAGCUUGGAAAAACUUGUUAGUGAGAUGGUUUCAAAAGCGGUAUCAAACCAAAGUAGUGCUCACACUGUAAAUGCAUUUACUGUCGUCAGUUCGAUAUUAUUUUUAUUAAUUAUUAUUUCCUUAAUUAUAUUUAUUGUAUUCAGAGAUCGAAUUGUUCGUUGGAAACGAACUAUGUAUAAUAAUGAUGCUCGAGUAUUUUCUAAUUAUAAAAAUGAACGUGUAAACCCUGCUUUAGACCAUGAUAAUGAAAGGCCUAGAGGUGCUGCAUAA